AUGUCCUCUGGCUCCACGCCGCCCUCCCGGAGGGUACCCUCGAUAUCAUUCGGCCCCGAAGAUCAAUGGUUUGACGAGGUCGCAGAGAACCCUCCGAUGGUGAUCACGGCCAGGCUGGGCACCGAUCUAGUAAAACGGAUCCUGGUGGACACGGGAACUAAUUCCAACAUCAUGUUCCGCAAUAUAUUUAAUACUUUGGGCCUACGGAACACCGACUUGAGGGGCCACCAACACGGCGUGGUAGGCCUAGGCGAUAACUUCAUCAAGCCUGACAGAGUAGUUUCCCUCCCGGUUUCCAUUGGCGGAGGUCGGGGGAAGAGGUCACUAAUGGCGGAGUUUGUUGUCUUAAGGGACUCCACGGCCUACAACCUCAUCUUGGGGAGGAAGACCAUCAACGAGUUUGGGGCGGUAAUUUGCACCAAACUACUGCUAAUGAAAUUUGUUGCUGAUGAUGGAUCAGUGGGGACCAUCAGAGGAGAUCUGGAGACGGCGAUCGCAUGUGACAACGCCAGCCUCUCCCUAAGGAAGAAGUCUAGAGAAGCAUCCGGUGUCUUCCUUGCCGACCUGGAUGCCAGAGUUGAUGACAAACCCAGGCCGGAACCGGAGGGGGACCUUGAAAAGUUCAGGGUCGGCGAAUCGGAUGAGAAGUUUACCUUUGUAAACAGAAACCUACCCCAUGACUUGAAAGAACCCCUGAUGGAGAUUAUCAGAGCUAACAGUGACUUGUUUGCCUGGACUCCGGCCGACAUGCCGGGUAUAGACCCCCAGUUCAUGUCGCACCAGCUAGCCGUGAGACCAGAGGCAAAGCCAGUGGCCCAAAGAAGGAGAAAAAUGUCCCAAGAAAGGUCAGAAGAGGUGGCCAAGCAAACGGCCAGCCUACUAGAAGCGGGCUUCAUUCGGGAACUCGACUACUCGACUUGGCUGUCGAAUAUGGUUUUGGUGAAAAAGCCCAGUGGGAAAUGGAGAAUGUGCAUGGAUUAUUCUGACCUUAACAAAGUAUGUCCCAAGGAUUCCUUCCCCCUUCCCAACAUCGAUGCUCUUGUUGACGCGGCGGCGGGUUACCGGGGCUACAUACCAACGGCUGAUGAACAAGGUCUUCAAAGACCUCAUCGGCAAGACGGUGGAGGUAUACAUAGACGACAUCUUGGUCAAGACUGCCAAAGCCGAGGACCUCAUCGGCGACCUGGAAAACGUCUUCACCUCUCUUCGACGACACGAUAUGAGGCUCAAUCCGCUGAAGUGUGUGAUGGGAAGCAGAAGCUGUGUGCCUUCGCCGUCAAAGCCAGAAAAUUCUUGGGAUUCAUGAUAACCCAAAGAGAAGUGGAGGCCAACCCGAAAAAGUGUGAAGAAAUCCUACAAAUGAAAAGCCCGGAAAGUGUGAAAGACGUCCAGAGGUUGGCGGGCAGACUCACCGCGCUAUCCCGCUUCCUCGGUGCGUCGGCGGCCAAAGCUCUGCCCUUCUUUAACUUGAUGAAGAAGGGGAUCGCAUUCGAGUGGAUCCCGGCAUGUGAGGAGGCUUUCAAACACUUCAAAGAGAUAAUCUCGGCACCACCUGUCCUCGCGAGGCCUAAGAAUGGGGAAGUGCUGUACUUGUACUUGGUGGUAACCGAUGAGGCAUUGGCAGCAGUCUUAGUGCGAGAAGAGGGGAAGACCCAGCAACCAAUAUAUUUUGUGAGUAAAGCACUACAAGGAGUAGAGCUAAGGUAUAGCAAGCUGGAGAAGGUGGCAUAUGCGCUCCUAACCUCGUCGCGCAGGUUGCAGCAGUACUUUCAAGGACACCAAGUAAUCGUCAGGACGGAUCAGGCAGAACCCUCUUGGAUGAGCCCAAUCGUUGAUUUCUCGGAAAGGGCCAAACUCUCCACCGACGAGAAAGUGGAAAGGACAAUAAGGCGAGAAGUGGCAAAGUAUGCAAUCAUACAGGACCAAUUAUUUAAGAAGGGGCUUAGCCAACCCCUGUUGAAGCACCUACGUCCCGACCAAACAGACUACAUGCUCAGAGAAGUCCAUGAAAGAUGUUGCGGUCAUCACAUCAGAGGGAAGGCCCUAGCCAAAAAGCUCGUCAGAGCAGGUUAUUACUGGCCCUCUAUGAUGGAAGAUUCUAAGGAAUUCGUUAGAAGGUGCAAAAAAUGCCAAGAGAAUGUCAAUUUCCACAAGUCACCAGUGACCGAAGGCAAAUACCUAAUAUUGGCCAUCGAUUAUUACACCAAGUGGAUAGAGGCCGAGCCGCUGGCUAGCAUAUCCUUGGCAAACUGCCGGAAGUUCAUGUGGAGACAGGUAAUAGCCAGGUUUGGAAUCCCGGAAGUCGUCAUCUCGGAUAAUGGAACCCAGUUUGCUGACAAGAGAUUCGGGGAAUUCCUCGCUGGUCUGGGAAUACAGCAAAAGUUCUCGUCAGUUGAGCACCCCCAGACUAACAGACAAGUCGAAGUGGCGAACAAGGUUAUCUUGCAGAGCCUCAAGAAGCGACUUGACCAGAAAAAGGGAACAUGGGCAGACAAGCUAGCAUCGGUCCUCUAG